AUGCUCUGCUCCUCGGUUAUCAAGGAGCGCAUGUAUAUUGGUGAAGCGACAGUAGCCACCCUUGUCGGCGUGAUCUUUGGUCCCUAUGCCGCUGACCUUAUCAAUCCUCUGGAAUGGGGUAAUACAGAUAUCGUCACCCUAGAGUUUUCGCGCAUCGUCCUCGUCGUGCAGUGCUUUGCUAUUGGUGUCGAAUUGCCGAGGUAUUACAUGGAACGACAUUGGCGGUCCGUCAUCUACCUCCUUGUUCCCGUCAUGACCUAUGGCUGGCUGGUGACUAGCCUUUUUGUGUGGUGGAUGGUCCCCAAGCUGAACUGGCUCGACUCCCUCGUUGUGGCCGCCUGCGUCACGGCUACUGAUCCCGUUCUUGCCUCUUCCGUCGUGGGUAAGGGUAAGUUCGCCCAGCGCGUGCCCAAACACAUUCGAGAUCUCCUGUCGGCCGAAUCAGGCUGCAACGAUGGAAUGGCAUUUCCCUUCAUCUACCUUGGGUUGUACCUCAUUGCCGGCAACCUCGAAGCUGGCCCUGUUACUUUCCAUUGGAUCUGCUACACGAUUUUGUAUGAGUGUGUUUUUGGCGGCUUCCUAGGUUUCCUCAUUGGCUACCUCGCGAGGCAUGCCAUCAAGUUUGCUGAAGAGCGCGACUUGAUCGACAGGGAGAGUUUUCUCGUGUUCUACUUUGUGCUCUCCCUAUUUUGUGCCGGUGUAGGGAGCAUGCUAGGCGUCGACGAUCUCCUUGUCGGGUUUGCUGCCGGUGUCGGCUUCUCCAACGAUGGAUGGUUCCACGAAAAGACGGAAGAAUCUCACGUGUCCAACGUCAUCGAUCUAUUGCUCAACCUGACUUACUUUGUCUACCUCGGCACCAUCAUCCCCUGGUCCGACUUCAACGAUGCUGAGAUCGGACUUACGGCAUGGAGGUUAGUCGUCAUCGCCCUCAUGGUCAUCUUUUUCCGUCGCAUCCCCAUCAUGCUAGCACUCAAACCGGUGAUACCGGACAUAAAAACGUGGCGAGAGGCAUUGUUCGCCGGUCAUUUUGGUCCCAUUGGUGUAGGUGCUGUUUUCAUCGCUCUCUUGGCCCGCGGCGAGCUGGAGACCGGCCAUAGCAUCCCUGAGCCGGAGCUUCCACCAAAGUCCCACCCCCAUUACGAUCUCAUCAGGCUGAUCUGGCCGAUCGUGGCUUUCAUCGUCAUCUCGUCUAUCCUUGUUCAUGGCUCCUCCAUCGCCGUGUUUGCCCUCGGGAAGCGUAUCAACACCCUUAAGCUCACCAUGUCCUAUACCCAAGGUGCCGAGGAUGGAGCAACUUGGAUGAACCGACUCCCCAGGUUUUCUCAGUCCAAGUCCCAGAUGAAGGCCAUGUCGGAUACAGAAGGCGAUGACCUACCACAAAGGGAGGAUGAAGCCAUGCCGAAGAAUAGCAGCAGGUCCUCGUCCCGGAUAUCGCGCCGCCGAAAGAAGAAGAGAUGGGAUGACGGGAUUGGGCCUGGCGGGCCCGUGCAACUAUCUGCAAUUCAACCCGAAAGGAGACCUGACCUCACUGACUCGUCGUCUACCGCGGUUGAGGGCGACGCUCGGGCUGAGCCUAGCCCCACCUUGGCUGGGAACGCAGAGAAACGCGCGAUAUCCGCGGCCGAAGCGGAAGCCGAAGGAGGCCAAGUUUCUCCCGAGAUCACCACCUUCCAGGAGGGUUCUGAUCUUAUAGUCGAGGACCGCGACGGUAACGUAUUGGACGUUCUGGAGACCAAAGAAUCUCCCACCCAGCUCGGAUCAGAGGUCGGGAGCCAUCACGGUCACAUGCUACCAACCGAGCUCGUGAACGAAGUGAACAAUAAACUUGAGUCAACUGGUGAACCGCCCAACGCAUGGUCCCUCGAACAGUUGAAGGGCAGGAUGAAUGAUGUCUACCGCCAAAAGAUGGAGAAGCGAAAGCAAAAGCCAAGCCAGGAACGGAAGCAUGAGCCGGCGUGGGCGUACCAGUUUGGCAAUACGCUUAUCGUCGAGGACGUGGAUGGAGAAGUUGUCAAGCAAUACGACCUGCCGUCCGACAAACCAGGUAUGGCAGGCGGGGAACUUAUGAGCCAAGGACUAAAGUAUAUUGGCCUCAGCAAAGUCAUGUCCCACACGUUUGCUCCUCAGGCGGAGGGUUCCAGGCGCGGCAGAAGACCGAGCAAGGCCGAGGCCAUGGGUGAAGAUGAGGAGGAAGACGACCGUCACAUCCGCUUCACAAUUGGUGGCAAAGGCCAGCGCUUGACGAAGGAGGCAUUCAUCCAAGAGAUGCAGAAACUCGAUAGCCGCACCCGUCGGGAAGUGGUUGACCAGUCAACAGCAUCUUUGGCGGUCAAGAGGCUUGCUACACAGGAACCGCCCGAGCCUCCUGCUGCGGCCGAUCCAACGGGUGAAGCUCCAGCCGGCUCCCACCCGGGACCUAUGAUCACGACGACCUCUCCUACUCCUCAGUCCGAACCAUCGCGAAGUCUACAAGUGCCGCUUCGGGACCCAAGGGUGGCCGCAUUAUCCGGUUCUAAUAGCGCAGACGAUGGUGACGAUGAAGAUGAGGAGACGCCAGCUGAAAGGCGGCGUCGAGAGGCGGCACUGGGUAUGACUAGCCAUGCGGAUGAUAGCGACGACGAAGACUCCCUAGAGUCCCGCCGGCCGAGAGGAGGGGCAUUCGGUUCGCCGAGACGCUGGAGCGAGGCAGAAUGCGCGAGACCUACAGGGAAGCUGGAAAGUGCCCAUCGAGCCUGCCGAGAGAGCGAAGGCCAUCACCGCCCUGGCAACGACGAGCCUCACAAGAGCCACUCGCUUGAACUGACGUUGAAGACUCUCGCGGAGGCCCAGCUACGUGUUGUUAGGCUUCACGAGCGGCCCUACAAUAUGAGCUCAGACAACGGGUACGAUGCGGGAAAUAAUACUCAGCUGCCACCAGAGGUAAAUGGCGACGGAGACUAUAUCGAUGGCCAAAGCGAAUUCGAGUUUAGCGACUUCGACGAACCUCAGCUCAAUGGAAACUCCCACUAUAUCCAAGCCAGAGAUAGGCCUCCAGACACAACGUUUGAACUCCGCGCGAGCGAUGUCCCUUGCGGUCAUUGCAUCGAAAAGAUAGACUUGGACCACUUUUCAUGGCCUUGCCACUUCGCAGAAGAUGAGGGCAAGUGCCUAGGUUGCACAGCCUCGGGCACAGAAUGCGUAUACCCGAACUUGGCCUUGUUCAUUCCCAUCGUUGAGUUUGCCACGGCCCUGGACGACUGGGAGGCGGACCCAACUAUCCUGAACGCAGAGGCACGCAGCCCCGCCCUUUUUCAAAUCCCGGUCGUUGACACGUGCCGGGCUAUCGCCGGGCGCUCCAACGAGCCCGACGAAGAGGCCCCGGCGGACGUAAUUCAAGAGCGGAUUUUCGUCAUUAGGGACCAACGUGCGGCCCUCCCCGACUGGAUUGUCACGACCGAGAGCGGGAUGAGAGAACAGCUCGCCCAAUACCCAGAGUCUGGUGCCCAAAUCUUUGCCACGAGCAGGCGGAAUAUUGCCAUUAUGCGACAUGUCGAGGAGGAGAUGGCACUGCUCAACGCUAGGCUUUUUUCCUUGGAGGCACUCGCGAUUCAGCAUACCCUGUUAGGUUUCCUGUGA